AUGAAUUGUCGAGAAUCUCGGCUUUGGUUGUUUCUGUUGUUGUACAUAGUCGACUCUGCUUGUGCCAUCGAUAGACUCAGUGCCUCAAUCUUUAAAUUUAUCUACAGUCACGAGAAUUUGUGUAAGUUUUCAUUUUUUUGUGAAGUUUUGUUUUUUAUUUACAUUUUUAAACUAUUUUUUAAAAAUUAUCGCGAUAAAGUGAUAAACGACUGCACGGUGCAAAGGGCCAACUCCUUGGUUAGUCAGGGCUUUAUUACGAUUGCACCGUGCAGCCUUGGAUUUUUCAAAAUUUUGAACAAUUUUAAAUUUUGUGAAGUCUGUUAAGCUUUUUAUUCCAUGAUAUUAUAGUAGGACUGUAACAAAGUUUACUCUAGUUAUAUAAAUAUGGUUUUAGGCGGAGACCAGUUCGGAGACUUAGCGUGGAUGCCAGCACAUGAUCAUUGCGACCUGAAUUGUGAUCUCCUAACUGAAAUCUGUCAGUUAUCAUCGGACAAGUUGAAUCAUGCACGACAGCGAUGCUUAAGGCGUAUGUUUUUAAUUGGUUUUAACACAAAGUGUUCCGUUAUGGAGUAUUUUACAUUAAAACCCUGAAAAAAGUGAUGUUAACAUGACUUUUUAAGUUUUUAUUUCAUGUUUAGGUGAAAAUUUUAAAUUUUAAUAUGAAUAUCACAAUUUCCUAUUAAAUUCUGUACCUAAAACAACCAAUUUCAGUACCACGCGACUGUUCCAACGCCCUUAGUCUUCAUUUAUAUUCGCUCGGUCUGGAAAGUCGGCGGUCUGAACCGAAAAGUGAUGGUAUUACAAUAUCAGGGACUUCUAAUAGUAAUAGGCAUUUUGGGUUUUCAACUUCAAAGCCUUUCAUAGCUAAAACACUUCAACCACAUUUGAAUAUACGACAUUUGAACGAAGAGAUUGUGUCUACAACAAGAUCGCCAGAGAAUGAGCUUCAGAAUCAGUUUAACGAAUUUCAACACACGUUCAACGAGUUUUUUGCUGAUGAUGAGGAAGAACAUGAAACGGUCAGUUGUUUAUGACUUUUUUUUAAUUUUGGAUAAUAUUUCUAAAAAUUUUGAAAAAUUUGAAAUUUGGUGAAUUUUUAAAUUUUUUAAAAUUUUUGGUUUUUUUAAAUUGUAUGUUUUAGAUUGAUCCCCAAGUAACUCUUAUGUCACAAGAACCCUCAUCAACGACUCAAAUGGAAGAAUAUGCGGAAGCAGAAGCCAACGAUCUCUUUGUGUCCGAUAACAAUAUAUUUGAACAGACUGAUAUCGCCACAACUCAGCCAUUCGAAUAUCAGGAAGGUAAGAAUAUCAAUUUAUUGGACUGAUUGUGUCUAUGCCGUAUUUUACACCAAAGUUUUUAAUUUGGAGAUUACCCAUUUUGUGAAAUAAAGUUAAAGCAUAUUUUGAAACUAUUUUGCAGUAAGUUCAACCGAUUCUCGACUAGAAAUGCCAUCAACAGUGCCUACUCCGCCUUCUGAAGUUAAUAUAUUUGGCCCUCCGUUCGUCGACAAGUUACAGUAAGAUUUUUGUUCAUUUUGAACUAAAUUGUAAUUUAAAUUUAAAAUAUUUUUUUUUACUUUUUUGUAAUUUUGAAUAUCGUAAAACCUCUUUAGUAUGAUUUUCAAUAGUAUGACUCAUAAAGAUAUAAUGACAACUUUUUGACCGCCUUUCGUAAUAGAAACUCUACCAAAAAAUAUUAUACAUGGGUAGUAUACUACCAUGUGUAUAAGGUGAAGUAUGACCAGUCUCUUGAGUUUUGUAAAAAAAAGGUUUUACUGUUUAUGGAAAUACGUUUUGUACUAAAAAAAGCUGUUUUAGUUCAUCACCAACGUUACCGUUUACUCAACAGUCGGAGCUGAAGACGUUACCUACAAGUUUGGAUGACUUUGCUAGGUACGUAAAGUAAAUACAAGGGUAGUUAUAGUAAAAUACGCGUGAAUUUGUUGUUUUGACCUUAAGUAAAACUUUAAAAUUAUUUAAAAAAUUUUGAAAUAUAUUCUUUAAAAACAUUUUUCCUUCCAGAGAACGCCAAAACAAGCCGUCCUGGUCAUGGAAACAGAUGUCUGACCGAUUGAGAAGACCUUGGUCACUUCGUAAGUUGUUACCGCUUGUUUAUUAUACUGUAGAGCUGUUUUUAUAACGAACUAACUUAUAAUGAAAAUGGUAUAAUAUGAAAAAAUUUAAAAUUUCAAGGUAUAGGUAUUACUACAGAGUAAUACUCAAAAAAACUGCCCCAUGCCAUUCACAGUAAAGGGGUAAAGAGCAGAUCGUAAAGGUAAAGGGCAGAACAGGGUACCCUGCUUUGAACAGGGUACAUUAGUCUCAUUCAAAGAGUUUGCCAUGAAAAAAUAACAUAGGUCAGAGCACCAUUCCUUCCGGGGGUAAUACUGUAAAAUAUGUUGUCAUUGUGACCUUUGAUAACUUUAUGGUUAAUAUACCGUCCUUGAAUGUCAUCCAUAACCGUUGUCGUAUGUUUAUACUGUGUUUAAAUAGUAGCUGUAACACUCAUCUUAUGUUCAGAAAACCGCCCAGAACAAGACCUGAGUCAUCGAUGUUGUCAAUGGGCGUUGGAUGGGUUAUGUGAUCGGAGUUGGCAACGAGUACGAGUACUAUGUCCCAAAAGUUGUGGCACUGUAGUUUGUUCUUGUAAGUUGUGUAUUAUUUACUGUUAACGCCAUUUUGGUAUUCUUAAUGGCAUUUUACCUUGAUGAACAUAUUGAUAUUACAGUAUGACGUGGUUACUGUAUUUUUUAGCUUUUUGUUUUUUUUCGCUUUGUCUAAAGCGACAAAAGGCAUAGCAAUAUAGAAAUGGCAUGUUAUGCACUUUUUCGACCCCCUAAACCCAUAAUUUCAGCUUCGGACGGAGCUUUGUCGUGUAGCCGCGCCAUAGAUGUUGAUGUAGUGGAUUGCUAUGAAAAGAGGAAAAGUAAUCUUCAAGGUAUUUCCAGUCGGUUUUAUGAAUCCGAAGAAGGCUACAGUAACGCAGAAAAGUACAAUAAUCGACAGAAAAAUCGACAAAACUACAGUAAUCGGGACAGCAACAGUAAUAGGGACAGUUACAGUAUGAAGGACGGCUACAAUAACCAACAAGAUCGUCGUAGUAAAGAUAGCGACAAUAAUAAGGAAAGCUUCAGUAACCAAGGCAUCUUCCCUACCAGUGAGCGUCGUAGCAAGCCCAAAAGUUACAGUAAUCAAGACGAAUAUACACAAAAUCAGAUGAAUUUUGGAUUUACCACGAAAUCGAAUGUCAUACCACCAAGUUACUUCCCUACCACACCAAAGUUAAACGUCCGUAUGGGGCCAUUACAACGAGCCUUCGCCGUGGAAUCAGAGAUCAAGAAAUUCAAACCAACUCGAACCUUUGGAUGA